UUUUCCAUUCACAACAAAGAUUCUGCUGUGAAAGGUCUAUUAUAAGAGUCUCUCUCUCUCUCUCUGACGUUUUUGUCUAUUUUAAAACUUCAAAAUAAACAUUGCGUUUUGUUCAGUUCGUCUAUUGUUAUCCCAGCAACAGAGAAGCUGAAAAACGUUUCUCCAAGAAUUUUCCGUAAACGAAAUUAUUUGGUCUGCGCGAUCGAUUGAAUCAUGAGUUGCGUUGAAGAUAAAGAAGUUUUAGUAAAAGAAUCUCUUUUGGUAUUUCUCAAAGACAACAUUCCACAGGCUAACCUAAGUCACAUUGAUGAAAUUGUCUUGAGCUAUGUUGUCAGCAUCUUAGAAGAAAUUGGGUCUGACUUGUGCCAAGAAGAUGUUUUCGAUGUGGAGUCUUUCAGUGAGAUGCUCACAGCAUACUUUCCCGAUUUUGCCUCCAUCCCCCAUUCCGUCAUUUGCCAUUGGAUCUUUGAACUGUCAUCAAAAUUGUCCCAAUCGAAACAAGAUUCAAAAGGCUUGAAAGGAAUGACUGAUCUUGGUUUAAUGUUCCCGGCCCCAGCAGUGGUUAAACAAGACCGCCUCUCUCCUAGAGUGUCAGAGUCUAGUGAUGCAAGCACAAGUGAUUCUUCUCAAUCUGGGUUUCAGGAUUUCGAAAAAACAGAUGAUGUUCGCCUGCUGCUAGAGAUGUUUCCAAGCAUUUCACUGGUGGAGGCCACACAUUGCUUGUCGCUCUCAAAUAGUUCUGUUGAAGAAGCUGUCCAGCUUGUCCUUCAUAGACAAGAAAUUGGAGAAUCCCUUUCGCACCCUGAGAUCUCUUCUCUGCACAAGACCAGACCAGUAAAUGACGUUACGCUCAAAAAGAAAAUAAUAGAAAAGUAUUCCUACAUUGAUCAAGAUGACGAUCAACGUGAGCACAGACCGCCUCCAGUCAAAACUCAACCCAAAAAGAUGGUGCGAUAUUUGGACAACAAGGUAGUGACGAUCAAAGGAGAGCGCUACACAGAGAUCAAGGAGGAAACGGAAGCCAGCAAGGAAGAGGCCAAAAAGACUUUCGUCACCCUCAAACCUGCUCGCCAAUAUCGCUUCCAUUGACAACGACUGAAUGAGGAGAACUGUAGACGGCCGGUUCUAGCUAAGCUAAUUAUUGUUGGACAUGUUAGGUGACUCGACAGCAUGCACCCAUGUAAGAUAAAAUCAUUGAAACAAAAAAUCUCCUAGACUAAUAAGAAAUUGAACAGUUUCGCACACAAAGUUGUCUCCUUUAGCUUUUACAGGUGCAAUUGUUCUGCUUUCUAAAUUUAAGCAGAAGGCCAACACAGCCAACUCGAAACAAUUGUUGAUCUUCCAUUUACCUCCCCCUUUUUCCCUCUUCUUUGUUGUGUUCAUUUUAUCCUUCGAGUCUCUUUUAAGUUCAUUUCACGAACAAAAAAAGGAAGGAAAUGUUGUUAUCACGUCUAGCCUUGGUACGGUGUCAAUGUCUUAUUCACGUGCCCUCUUGGAGUCGAGAGGGCAAAUAUCCCUAACAGUAACAAAUAUUAUAAAAAUUUGAUCGAUUUUUUUUCCCUAUUGACCCACCGCCGCCAAAUGUUUCACGAUCAUUCAAAUCUUUUGUUUAUUCAACCAAUUUUUAAUGGAUCAAGAAGUUAAAACAAAAGAAAAAUUUGAUAUUGCAGUGAAUGUAACCGAGAUCUCUUCUGCCUCUGCUCUUAUACUCGGCCUCUUUUGUGAGAGAAAAGAUUAUUUUACGUUCUAGUUUUUUUUUUCUUCUUUUUCUUGUAGGUUUUGAUUGUCUAAAAUACGUGACCCUGAUCUAACUAAACUGUAUCGUAUUUUGCCGUACAUUCCGGAAUACACAGCAUCUCAACAGA